UUAGUCUAGGUGUGUAAUUUGUUUUUAUUGGCAGAGAGACAAAGAGACUGAGCUUAAGAGUGGACAAACAAGCUGUGUUGCUGUUUAUGUAUUUUUCCAUUAGGGACAAAUACGCAUCAGUGAUAAAACAAGUAUGAAGAUGUAGACGGGGAAGAAAAACAGUCUUUAAAAGAUAUCAGAGACACACAAAAUUUUUUAAAUAGUAAAAAUACAACCCAGCGAUAGUGUUUAUUAAUUUGAAAAUACACGUUUUCCGUAUUGUUUCGUAAUCUGAUUGAUUCUAUAAUUCUAUUGCGCUUUGCUCUUUACGCGGGUUAAGAGUGAGAAUAUUCAAAUAUACAACAUGACAUGGCACUCAGUGACUCACGCGACGGCCAAUCACAGGACGGGGUCCGCGCAGCUGCAUUUGCGUACCGCCUGUAUAAGAAGAGCUGCGUGAACUUGAAACAGCACGUUGUAUUUUGUCACAGAGACAGCGAUGCCGGAACCCGCCAAGGCUGCGCCCAAGAAGGGCUCCAAGAAGGCCGUGACCAAGACCGCCGCCAAAGGCGGCAAGAAGAAGAGGAAGACCCGCAAGGAGAGCUACGCCAUCUACGUGUACAAGGUGCUGAAGCAGGUGCACCCCGACACCGGCAUCUCCUCCAAGGCCAUGAGCAUCAUGAACUCGUUCGUCAGCGACAUCUUCGAGCGCAUCGCCGGCGAAGCCUCCCGCCUGGCGCACUAUAACAAGCGCUCCACCAUCACGUCCAGGGAGAUCCAGACCGCCGUCAGGCUGCUGCUGCCCGGGGAGCUGGCCAAGCACGCGGUGUCGGAGGGCACCAAGGCGGUGACCAAGUACACCAGCUCCAAGUAGCCGCUGCUGCGACCGCCUCAAAACAAAGGCUCUUUUAAGAGCCACGCACUGAACUAAAGGCUGAUCGUCCUGUUACGUCAUCUUUCUCUCAACAAUCGUGGUUGUCGCGAUGGCGUUUAAACGAUAUGAAAUUUAAUGUGAUAGAAUAGAUUUUAAGCGGCUAAACUUAAAUGCUAAAAUGCUUCUAACAGCAAUUAUAAAUAACUACUGCAGAGCACUAAAUAAUAAACUUAUAAUAGUGAGCACGUCGACUCUGACCAUGAACACAUCCUUUAUCAAAGAUUUCUCAAUCAGUGACACACGUCAACGUGACCAACAAAACCAGAGAAUGCCGGGGAUGUUCUGAGUCUGUGGGUCCAGUGUUUUAGGCUGUGGUCUGUGGGGCAGCAGCAUGAAUGGAGCAGACAGUAACAGACUGGACUAAGUGAUGAGGAGGGCUGGUUCUGUUCUGGGGUGGAGCUGGACCCCCUACAUGCUGUAGCUGAGAGGAGGAUGCUGGUCCAACUCCUCUCUAUAGACGACACCUCCACCCCCACACAGUGUGUGUCUGGACAGAGGAGCACCUUCAGCCACAGCUGAUCAGUAUUAGGUUCUCCACAGAACGCCAGCGGAGAACCUUCCUACCGAUGCCAUCAGCCUGUACAACAAAAGGGUUGAUCUUCAUCCGUGCAGUAACAUGUAUAAUAAAACUUAUCAACUGUGUGUAAGCUACACAGUGAUUAGAAAACAGUAAUUAGACUAGAUGUGAACGUGUGUAGAUGUGUUAGCAUUCAUUUUUAAUCUCUGUCCUUCUUGUGUUAACCCUAACCCUAACCUCCAUCUGCGAUAGCGAUCAAAGUGUGCAAAAUAAUUUCCCUCUGGGAUCAAUAAAGUUUUGAAUAUGUGAAAAAAGUGUUUCCGCCCGGUUUAGAACCCGCGUGUGAGGCGAACGUGACAACCACUACACUACGGAAACUGCUGGAACCACGGCUCUUUAGGUUGCUUUAUAAAAGAUAUUAAAUGUUAAAAUAUUGUCAUAAAUAUAUGUAAAUGUCUGUCACACGUGUAACGUGUUACCUCAGAUGUAUAAUUCCCUUGAUUGCUUUAUAAAAGAUAUUAAAUGUUAAAAUAUUGUCAUAAAUAUUAUAUGUAAAUGUCUGUCACACGUGUAACGUGUUACCUCAGAUGUAUAAUUCCCUUGAUUGCUUUAUAAAAGAUAUUAAAUGUUAAAAUAUUGUCAUAAAUAUUAUAUGUAAAUGUCUGUCACACGUGUAACGUGUUACCUCAGAUGUAUAAUUCCCUUGAUUACUGACAAAGAAUUGAUGUAAACGCUUUAACAUUAUCCGCGGGAUCGUUUAGCU